CCCCCCACUGCCGUGUCACAUCGACAUCAUGGCGUAGCGAUGUGGAGGAACUGGGGGGUUUCUUUGGUGGGUACGGAGAAGUUCAGAAACUGUGGAGUUUAACUUUAUCAUCAGGAAAUCAAAUCAACGGAAAAGCCAAUUCCUUCGACCGGAGUGGCGGUUCACCAGUGACUGAAGAUGAUGUCUGACGCCAGCGACAUGUUGGCGGCUGCCUUAGAGCAGAUGGAUGGGAUAAUAGCAGGCUCGAAGGCCUUGGACUAUUCCAACGGUCUGUUUGACUGUCAGUCGCCAACCUCUCCGUUCAUGGGAAGCCUACGGGCGCUCCACCUAUUGGAGGACCUGCGGAGUGUGAUUGAGUUAAUGGACACAGAGGAAAGGGAAAGUCUCCGCUGCCAGAUCCCCGACUCCACCGCUGACAGUCUGGUCGAGUGGCUUCAUGGUAACCUGUCCAACGGACACAUCUCUCUGGGUGGAGGUGACCACUACCAAGAAAGGCUGUCAAGAUUAGAAGGCGACAAGGAGUCUCUGGUGCUUCAGGUGAGUGUGCUGACUGACCAGGUGGAGGCGCAGGGAGAGAAGAUUCGCGAUCUGGACAUAUGUUUGGAUGAGCACAGGGAGAAACUCAACGCCACAGAGGAGAUGCUGCAGCAGGAGCUUCUGUGCAGAACGGCUCUGGAGACGCAGAAACUCGAUCUGAUGUCUGAAGUGUCCAACCUCAAGUUGAAGCUCAACUCUUUGGACAAGGAGAGACUGGACUUUGACCGAUUUAGGGACAGUGAGGAUUUUAUUCUUGAAAUUAAUGAACUUCGGUACAGAUUGACAGAGCUGGACAGUGAAAAACUGCAGUAUGAAAAGAAACUUAAGUCCACAAAGUCCAUUAUGGCUAAGCUUUCUAGCAUGAAAAUCAAAAUGGGCCAGAUGCAGUAUGAGAAACAGAGGAAGGAGCACAAACUCCAAUCUCUGAAGGAGGAGCUGUCGUCUUUGAGGAGGCAGCUGGAGGGCAAAGAUGGUGAAAUGAGGAGACUACAGGAUGACACGGCCUUCAAACUUGUUGCCACAAGUAGCCAUGAUGGCCUAGAAAGAGUGUCUCAUCCAGAUGAAACGCUUAGAAAGAGGCUGAAAGAAAAGCAUGUGGAAGUGCAAAGAAUGAAAAAGGCAGUUGAAUCACUAAUGGCAGCAAAUGAAGAAAAGGAUCGUAAGAUAGAGGAGCUCAAACAGUCGCUUUUGCGGUACAAGAAAGUUCAAGACAUGGUGAUGUCGGUACAAGGGAAGAAAGAGAAAACAAAAGAUGUCGAGCGGCUUGAGAGUCCUGGCGAUGGAUCCAGUCUGCUCUUGUCUGGCAGCUCUGGCUCUGUGGAAUCUGAAAAGCAAGACAUUACAGAUGUUGAAGAGCUGCAAACAAAGAAGCCAGAUGAGCCGGAAAGACUCAGUGGACUGAGUGAAGACUCGUCGCCCUCUCCCAGCCCAGCUGAUCCAGUUCGACUAUCAGAGCACGCACAGACAGAGGGCCAAAGUAAUUACGAACUGAGCAAAAAUGAUGGCCAGGUCCAGUUAGAAGACAGCAACAAUGAAAUGUCUACAAGUGAAGAAAACAGUAAAAUGAGUGAAAAACCACCUAUGAAUCCCUCUGCCACCUUGCCUGCCUCCAUCAUAGACGACAGCUUUGGUUCCAGAAAGGCUCGCUCAUCUUUUGGGAAAGGUUUCUUCAAGAUCCGCGGAGGGAAGAAAACAUCCAGCAGCCCUAACCUCGACCGCAGCAGGAGUGCAAGUGCGCCUAUGCUAGCUGAGACAGAGCGACAGGGCACCGACCAUCUGGACCUCGCCGGAGUGCCACAGAGGUCAUCCAACAGCGACAGCACACACACGCUUCCUACAACGCCAGAAAGCAGGAAGAAAUCCAAAGGCAUAAAAAAACUCUUUGGGAAGCUUAAGCGGAGUCAGUCGACCACAUUUAACCUGGAUGACAACCUCCCAGAGGGAGAGUUCAAGCGAGGCGGAGUUCGAGCCACAGCGGGACCCAGACUGGGUUGGUCUCGUGAUUUCCAGCGAGUCAACAAUGAAGUGGACGCUCCGUUUGCGCGCUGGUCAAAGGAUCAGGUCUGUGACUGGCUGCAGGAGCAGGGCCUGGGCCUUUACGUCAACAUGGCCCGUGUGUGGAUCCACUCGGGACAGACUCUGCUGCAGGCGUCGCAGCAAGACCUUGAGAGGGAGCUGGGAAUCAAGCAGCAGCUGCACAGAAAGAAGCUGCAGCUCGCUUUGCAGGCCCUCGGCUCAGAGGAGGAGGAUAAUAAGGGAAAGCUGGACUACAACUGGGUGACUAGGUGGUUGGACGACAUCGGUCUUCCUCAGUAUAAAACCCAGUUUGAUGAAGCCAGAGUUGAUGGUCGAAUGCUUCACUAUAUGACCGUGGACGACCUGCUCUCCCUGAAGGUGGGAAGUGUCCUGCAUCACCUCAGCAUCAAGAGAGCAAUUCAGGUUCUUCGACUCAACAACUACGAGCCAAACUGUUUGCGCCGCAGACCAUCAGAUGAGAAAAACAUUUCACCUGCAGAGAUUUCCCAGUGGACCAACCACAGGGUGAUGGAGUGGCUUCGAUCUGUCGACCUCGCCGAGUACGCUCCCAACCUCAGAGGCAGUGGCGUCCACGGAGGCCUGAUGGUUCUGGAGCCCCGGUUCAAUGUGGAGGCCAUGGCUCUGCUGCUGAACAUCCCCCCUAAUAAGACUCUGCUGCGUCGCCACCUGGCCACACAUUUCAGUCUGCUGAUUGGCUCAGAGGCCCAGCAGCUCAAACAGGAAUGUCUGGAGAACCCAGACUACACUUUGCUCACUGCCACCACUAAAGUCAAGCCAAGGAAGUUGUCAUUUGGUAACUUUGGGAUGAGGAAGAAGAAGCAGGAGGAAAAUGAGGAGUAUGUGUGCCCAAUGGAUGUGGAGAUGCCAAAAGGUCAAAGCUUCCAGAAAGGCUUCGAGCUCCAGAUCUAUGAGGACGACCUGGACAGGCUGGAGCAGAUGGAGGACUCUGAGGGGACGGUGAGACAAAUCGGGGCCUUUUCUGAGGGAAUCCAGAACCUGACGAGCAUGCUGAAAGAUGAUGAAUUCUUUAAAGAGAUGUCAAACUCUCCAAACCCCAGCGUAACGGAUGAGGAAUCCAACGCAUGAGAGCGUCUGGGUCAGACCUGGUCCUGCUGUGAAUGAAACUCUGGGCCAACCCUUCUCUCCUGCACGCUGCACCAGUAAACCCAGCUAAUGAUCCCCAUUUCCUUUUAGUGUUAAAGAGCCAAAAGUGUUGCAGCUUCCUCAGUUAUACGGAGCGUCAUGGUGAGAGUCUUCAGUCCAUUCGUCACAGUUACUGAUGUCCGAGGGAACACAUAGGAUGACACCACUGUUUUCCUGCCAGCUGGUUUCUGGAAAUAUUUUGUACUCUGUGAUAUAGAAACUCUGUUUUGAUUCUGAGAGCGUCAACCAGCAAGAAAGGAAAAUAUGAUUUUAUAUAUUUUAAUAUAUGACUUUUAGUUGCCUUCUGAAUUAAAAAAUUUAAUAAGACGUGGGCUUUGCUGAACCGAAGAAGUAAUUCUGAAAGUAGGUCUAAAACAAUAACUGCAGCUGCUAUGUUUGUUUGUUUUUUACAUAACUAAACCUUGCUGAUUAAACAAUAAUGGUCUUGUAUUUUAUCUAUUUUAUGAAGAUUUGUAUGCUCAGGCAUUUGCACAUACAAUACAUUCGAAUUACCCAGUCUGAAGAUCAUAUCAUAGCAUGAUGUCUGAAUUCAACACGUUUGUAUUUUACUCUUUGUCCUAGAAGGAUUUUGGAAACCUGUUGGGUUGUUCCUGUGACCAUGUACUCUGAGAAAAUAUCUUUUUUUUUUUUUUAAAUAUUGUAAUUUGACUCUUUAUUAUAUCAUAAGAUAUACAUUUCUAAACUCAAUUAUUGAGCUCAAUAAACUAAUUUAAGUCAACCUGAGUUUUGUUCCAGGGGACAAAAUAAACUACCAAAAACUGAAA